AACCUCCACUCUAAUUGCAGCUUCAAGGAGUAUGAUUACAAAUUUACAAUCGAUGUUACUAUCCAAAGUCCGUACCAUCGCCCCACAUCAUUAUUCAGCCUAUGUAUAUUAAUUCGAAUCCGAAGUAUCUUUCUCUUCUCAACACUUUUCCAUCAUGAAGUUUCAUGCCAUCGAGCUUUUCAAUGGAAAAACCUCAUCACCCAACAUCCCCAAACAGGUUUUCCAACUAGCCCUUACCUUGAUUUUCCUCAGCAUAAUCUCUCUUUGCUUGAACAGAAACAAGCAUUCACCAUUGUCCUUUCCUAAGUUAAAUUUCCAAGGUUUGAGAAGCAUAGGAUUUCACAAGGAAUGUGAUAUAUUUAUUGGAAAAUGGGUUCCAUUCCCCAGGGGGCCUUAUUACACAAAUGCAACUUGUAGUUUGAUCACUGAUCAGCAAAACUGCAUCAAGUUUGGGAGGCCUGAUACCGAAUUCAUGAAAUGGAGGUGGAAACCGGACGAUUGUGAGCUACCCCUCUUUGAUGCAGUUCAGUUCUUGGAGCUUCUCAGAGGGAAGUCACUGGCCUUUGUCGGCGACUCCGUGGGAAGGAAUCAAAUGGAGUCAUUGUUGUGCCUCUUGGCUAGUGUGGUUUAUCCCGAGGAUAUCUCUUACAAUAUGUCCGACACAGACUUCAAACGCUGGUUUUACGCUGACUACAAUUUUACUUUAGCGACACUCUGGUCUCCAUAUCUGGUUAAAGCAGGUGACGCAGACCCCAGCGGUCAUUCCUCCAACAGCAUCAUGAACCUCUACUUGGACAAGGUUGAUGAGGCAUGGGCGGCAGAGAUCACAAAAUUUGACUAUGUAAUCAUUUCAGCUGGACAAUGGUUCUUUCGACCCCUAAUGCUCUAUGAAAAUGGUCAGCUUAUUGGGUGUCACAAGUGCCAAAAAGAGAACGUCACAGAUCUUAUAGCCUACUACGCAUACAGGAAGGCCUUUCGAACCGCAUUUAGAACCCUCCUAAACCUUAAAGAUUAUAAGGGGGUGACAUUUUUGAGGACAUUUUCUCCCGCACACUUUGAGAAUGGGGACUGGAAUAAUGGAGGCAGUUGUGUGAGGACAAGGCCCUAUACCAAGGAGGAAUUCAAGGUAGAUCGAUAUUACAUUAUGAAAAUGUACUCGACUCAAGAGGAGGAACAAAGAGUAGCAGCAAAGGAAGGGAAGAAGAGAGGUUUGCAAUUCAGGCUGCUAAAUACAACAGAAGUUAUGUUGCUGAGGCCAGAUGGACAUCCAAAUCGUCUGGGGCACUCGCGGCAUGGGAAUGUGACAAUAGCAGACUGUGUCCAUUGGUGCUUGCCAGGCCCUAUUGACACAUGGAAUGAGUUUUUGCUUUAUAUGUUGAGGAGGGAAGGUCAGAUUGCAUUCGGAAGGAAACUACAGAAAAAUGCUUAGAAAUUUAGAGACAUACAUAUAUUAUAAUACAUGUCUCUGUACCAUUUAUUCAUUCUUUCCGUUAUUGAAAUAUGCGCUAUAACCUACAUUUUUAUCAAAUUUAAUGGGUUUCGCGUGCACUUCAAAAUCAUUUACGUAAAACAUAUCUAACUCCAGAAUGCCAGUGUCACCUAUAAUAUGGAUUUAAAAGACGUAGUAACGUGCUGCUUUGUUCCCGUAGAUGUCACUCUGUUGCACCGCAUUGUCGUUGAUGCUGCUGUGUUGCUUUAGUUUGCUAUUCAAUGAGGAUAUUUGUUAUUGUGUUGUGCCAUUAUUGGGCAGGCUAGCUAAGCUUGGCGUUUCUGUUAAGGUCUGCUUGUUAUGCUCAUUUUGCUGUCCAAUGGUGUUGUUUGCAUUGUGGUGGUGUUGGGGUUGGGUUUGAUUGCUAGCUGCUGCUUGGUUUCUGCUUUUGUACUGUUGCGUUGGUGCUGUCUUUAGACUGAUGUAUCGGC